GAGCGCAGCGGCAGCGACACGCUCAAAUGAGCACAGUCAGAGGAAGAAAAAAAAAAAAACCCCUGACAUCCUACCUCCAUCUCUAUUUAAACCCAGCACAUCAUUACGUUUUGGAUUAUUUGGGGUCCAGGAGCGGCGGGAACCCCUUUAUUGAUGGUGAUGAUGAUACUGAUGAUGAUGAUGUCUGUGCUUUUAUCGGCACGCAGCGAUGAUGACUUUUGUUAUGACGAGGAUCGCUGUGAUCCGUAUGCUUGGGGAGACAGUUAUCCUUCUUGCCAUCCGCUUCUGGACAGCCAUCAUUCUCCCAUCAACCUGGACCAUCAUCUGAUGAAGAACCACUCGCUGGACUCUCUACAGCUGCAUGGCUUUAAUUUGACUCAUAAAGGUCAAUGGUGGCUGACAAACCAAGGCCACUCGGUUGUGCUGGAGGUUGGGGACGGUAUGCAGGUCAGUGGCGGCGGUCUUCCUGCAACUUAUCGCACCUUCCAGCUGCAUUUCCACUGGGGAAGCGUCUCCUCAAACGGAUCUGAACACACCCUGGACCACCUCAGGUUUCCUAUGGAGAUGCACAUAGUCAACAUCAAGUCCACACAUCCAAACUUGACGUCCGCACUUGAAGACCCUACUGGCCUUGCUGUGCUUGGAGUAUUUGUUGACGUGACUUAUCUGCACAAUGAAAACUUCCAGUCCAUCUCAAGUGCACUUCCUUUUGUUGCCUACAAAGGACAAACAAAGUCGAUCAAACCAUUCCCGUUGGUGAAUUUGUUACCCCAGAACAACCUGACGCAGUAUUAUCGUUAUCACGGCAGUCUCACAACGCCCCCCUGUUCAGAGGUGGUUUUGUGGACCAUUUAUGAAGUGCCUGUGUAUAUUUCAUGGGCUCAGUUCGAGCAGUUUGUAAGCGGGAUUUAUUCCACGGAGGAAGAAGCAGAAACCCAGGCUCUUCUGCAUGACAACUACAGACACAUUCACCCAACCUACAGUCGACCCGUGUACGCCUCAAAAGAUGCCAAGCUGCUCACCAAUGGAGUUUCCUCGCUUUCCUUUUUUAAUUCUGUGUUUGUAAUUGUAUAUCUAUUAGGCAUGGGCCGGUAUAAGAUUGUGACGGUAUGAUAACCUUGGAUUAAAAUAUCAUAGUUUCACGGUAUUGUGCUCACUGCUCUAAAAUAUAUAUCUUUUUAAAUGUCUGAGUACAAAACAGAAACUUUUUCCCUUUUAAAAACGAUAUAUUUAGUUUUUUUGAAAGAUUUAUGAUAUUUUGGAGCCGU